UAGCUUAACUAUUGGACUAUUGGAUUCUCGAUGAUAAAAAUAUUAAGAAUUACACGUGUGCAGAAAUUGUAUUGGGAUAAUAUUAUUAUUAUUUUCAUCGGAAUUGUAAAAAGUAAAGAAAUGGGGAAAUUGAGAUUGCUGAUUGCUUUAUCCUUAGUUUUACUUAUUGCUACGAUUGAUACUACUUUGUCAAAUAAAUCGAGUAAAUCUUCCAAUUCGCCGACACUGCCGCUGUUAUAUCUCGCAAAAAAUGUGACCAAUUGUAAAAUAGAUUCUCCAGAGCUAUUUUUCUGGAGUGUUGCCCAACCUGCAUUAGCUGUCCUGAAUGAGGAGACGCACGGGUUUUUUGGCAUCCUCAUGGACAAACUGGAAGAAGUCUCCAACUCUGACGAUGAUACUUUGGACGAAGAAAAACUCGAAGAGCAAUGGCUCUACAUUAUGGAAACUAUUCAAAACAGCUUAGAAAAUGGAUUUAACCGACUAAAAAUGUCGUGGGCAUUAUUGGUCGCUGUAUCUGACACGGUUCCACUUCCAUGGGAGGUCACCGCCCAAAAACUCGUCGUCAGAGAGCUGAUCAACGAGCUCGAGUUCAACUACGUCAUGAUGGGCGCCGUGGUCAAAGCUGGCGUCAAAGAAAUUGUGGGGACCUUGCAGAAACGAGUUGUUCAGGUAAUUCAACAACUAGAAAAAUACGUCGACCAGUUAACCAAAGAUGGGGAAGAUGUCCACGAAAUGAAACUUUUACAUAAAAUGGAGCAAAGUUUUGAGCUCAUGAAUUCCACCGAUUUCAUCGCCAAAUUAAUGCGUCGUAUCGUCAACCGAGCAAUUACAGCUUCCAUUCCGGCAUCAUCACAAGCAAAUAAACCACCCGUGAUGAAGGUCUUCUUUUCGCCCAUGAUGGAACAGACGGCCAUCGUAUUUGAAGCUUAUCGACAAAGGGGUCACAUUUACGCCAAGACGUUUUGGAACGAAAUUUCCGUCAUUAUGAGAAAGGACAUGGAAUCAUCCAGUCCGAGAGAUUUGUCAUCAUUUUUACACCAUUUAAACUCAAAUAAUGAUCUUUUCGUGGAAAAUGUAUUUGCAAUUUUGGUAUCUGCGAUUCCGAUUGCGAAAUAAAAUAAUUUUGAGCAAAAUGUUAAAAAUAACUAGAUGUAAAGGCAGGAUGCAUAAAACAAAAAAAUCUGUCAAGUCAAUUUACAAGUUUUUAAUAAACUUUAAGAUUUGACGAUAGAUACAUUAAAAUCACAAUAAAUCCAUUACUGCCAA